AUGCCCCGCCCCAUAAUCAUGUAUCGCUCCUAUCAGAUUAGGCCCCACCUCCUGCCAUCCCUAACGUACCCGUCCUCUGAGCCCAGCUUAGUAGGACCCGUUUUCACUCGUCUUGGUCGGCCUCAGUUUCCCCUCCAGGAAUCUGCGGGUAGUGCACGCGCUCUUCCCUUACGCCAGCGCUGCCCCCGGCGCGUGCGCACGCCCGUGUCCGUGUCCGCGGCGCUCAAUAAAGUUGCGUGCUUGUUGUCGUCCCCGUCUGAGCGGGAGGCUGAGCGCGCCGCCCGGGAAGUCUCGCGAGAGCGAGCGGCGGCUGCUCCUGUGCGCGCGGGACCGGUGGGGUCGACGGGGGCCGACCCGGGGCUCGAGGCCAUCAUGCGGUCGCUGUUUCAGCAAUACUGGGACAUCCCCGACGGCACCGAGUGCCACCGCAAGGCCUACGCCGCCACCGGUGUCGGCGGCGCCGUCGGCCUGGUCGUCUCUGCCUACAGCGUCACACUCCAGCCUGCGGACACCUUCGUAGAAGGGGUGGCCAGGGCGGGGCGGUACACGUUCACCGCAGCCGCCAUCGGCGCCAUGUUCAGCCUCGCCUCCUGCAUCAGCGCCCAGGUCCGGGAGAAGCCCGACGACCCCCUGAACUACUUCAUCGGAGGCUGUGCUGGGGGCCUGACCCUGGGGGCACGCACUCACAGCUCCGGGACGGGCGCUGCCGCCUGCGUGUGCUUCGGCACCAUUGCCGCCCUGACCAAGAUUGGCCGGCUGGAGGGCUGGAAGGUGUUCUCGGAGCCUAAGGUGUGAGCCGGGACACCCCCCGAAAUAAACUCUAUGGCUACG